UUCGAUUAUAUAUCUUAGGUUUCUCCCAAAAAAUGCCGCCGCCGUCGACACUCCUUGGUCGCUCUGCGCGAUUCUCUGUGCGUAUAUGGUUGUACAUGACUGGGCUACAGCACCAAGCCCAGUUGAUCCGUAACUUGAUCUUGGAUUGGAAGUACCGUGCCUCGACCGAAGACGGCAUGGUGAUUAUGGCGCAGAAUCUACUCAACUUGCUCUGGCGUUCCGUACGCCUUUUGCUCGUCCCGGACGUGUUCUUUCGCUUCUUUGCAGCCGUGGUCUCCCUCCAAGUGCUGUUUGAACUCGGAGCAGCCGCCCGCCGGGUGGGAUUGAAGCUGUUGCUGCAGUGCAGUGCCAAGGGUCGCCAACGUCUCAAGCUGCGCACUGCCAUGGAACGCGCGACUACCCUUGAGAAGCGAAGUGCUCUCGGACAAGAAUUGGACGUUCUGGAAGGACACGACAAGUGGCGAGACGAUCCGUCGUCCGGACUCUUCCUCUACGAGCGCGUACAGAGAAAGAUCGCGAUGUACCGCCGUCUUCAAAGCGAGCGUGACAUCAUGGGCAUCAUGUUCUCGUUGCGCGCCGGACUGCUUCGGAAGCAUUGGGGGCUCGGUAAUCCCCGAUUGUACGGUGUCAGCCACGUGGGCACCAAGCACGUCGUGGACGAGUACAUGGAGGCAGUUCUGACGUCGAUGGACCUGGUCCUUCAGAGUCGCGGCUCUUGGUCAUCUCAUACCCUUCCCAAGUCUCACGACGACGACGACGCCCUGAGCCUGGACAACAAGCUCGCGUUCUUCAGCGAGACAAGGCACGCGUUUGGAAGGUCCGCCCUCAUGCUCAGUGGUGGCGGCGGCCUCGGCCUGUACCACACGGGUAUCGUCAAGACGUUGGUGGAGGAAGGGCUGCUGCCGACAGUCCUCUCUGGGUCGUCGGCUGGCUCGAUCGUCGCCGGGUGUGUGGGCGUGCGAACGGACGAAGAGCUCAGCGAGGUGUUUCAAGAUGGCCAUUUGGACUUAUCGUUUUUCGAUGCCAAUGUGACGGCGCGGGAACGAGCGCACUACACGCCGGCGUGGCUGGCGGCCGUGGAAGGCUUCGUGCCCGGGUUCGCAAAGCUCCAGGAAGCGGUCGUGCUUGCCGGUCGGUUCCUGGACAAGGGGUACAUCCUUGACAUUAGUCGACUCAAGCAAACCUUGCAAAACAACAUGGGCAACUACACGUUCCGCGAGGCGUACGAUCGCACCGGGCGUAUCAUCAACAUCACGGUGACCCCAUCGCAAUCCACAGACUACCCGCAAUUGCUGAAUUAUCUGACUGCGCCCAAUGUGCUCGUGUGGUCGGCGUCGCUGGCGUCGUGUGCGAUCCCCAUGGUGUUUUCACCUGUGGAACUGUAUGGCAAAGACCAGCAUGGCAACAUCGUGCCAGUAUAUCGUGAAGGGCUCAAGUGGAGUGAUGGCAGCGUCGAGUGCGAUUUGCCCAUGGAGCGUCUCAGUGAGUUGUUCAACGUAAACCACUUUAUUGUGAGCCAAGUGAACAUCCACUACAAGUUCAUUUCUGGGUACGAGUCGCACGGCGGCGGCGACAUUUUGGGCUUUUUGAAAAAGCAGAUGAAAGCGUACAUCAAAAAUAUUGCCGAAUUUGGGCUCAACACGUCCGUGCUCAAGUUGUUUGGCGUCGGGCUCGUGCCAUUGCUGACCCAGACGUACGAAGGCGACAUUACGAUUUCGAUAGCGUCCCAAGUUUCAUUCUUGCAACUGGCGGCACAAGUACUGACGAAUCCGUCGCCGAGUUCGUUCCAGGACUUGGUGUUAGCCGGCGAGCGGUCGACAUGGCCCCAUCUGUCUCGCAUCCGAGCCAUGUGUCGCAUUGAGUUUGCCCUCGAGCGCGCCGUGCGUUACUUGCGUGGCGAGCAAGCGCUAGAAGAAGAAAAACGCACGGGUAUCAGCAGUUUGGGCCGCGUACCGUCGUUCUACACUUCUUCAAGCAGUCUGACCCUGUCCAGCAUGGCGCAGCACCCUGUCAAGGAGACUCUGCCGCCAUCGUCCGCGCAACCACCGACGUUUUCGGUUAGUAGUACGGAAGCAUCGCCUGGCGUGCCUAUCCGCCGCAACAAGAGCAUCAACGUGGCUGGCGCUGUGAUGAACAUGGAGUCGGUGCUCGGAGGGUUUGGGGCACGGCACGGCGCUUCGUUUGAGUAGCGUCCACGACGUAUAGGACCCCUGAUGUAGUUGAUUUGUUUGGCUAAUAAAUGAAGAAACAAUCAGGGAGGCUUGGUCCAUGACUAUGCUGGCCCCUACUAGGGCUAACGCAAAUCAUAUAUAACGAGAACUUCAUGAUGGCCUAGAGUGCACGCCAAGCUAGAGGACUUGGGGUACAUAGUUCACGCUAACUUAAAUUGCUAGUGUGAACGGUUCACGCUACACUACACAUCAUAGAAGGCAAUAUCAGUGGCGAACGAGCUGUGUAUUGUGUCUUUAUGGCUUUAUGGUCCCCCUAUAUUGCUGACUGCCAUGAAGUCAGACUAAUAUCAGUAGAAAUUUUAGCACUGUGAUAUCAGUACUGGCAUAGAUGCUUGUAUGAUGGCAACACACAGCGGGUAGACUCGCAUACAACAACCCUUCCAUGACACAGGCAUGGACGGUCACACGAAUAUC